AUGGCUCUGUACGUCCGGUACGUUGCCAGCAUUGGGCCAGCUCUCUGGAACGGACACGGCAAACUCCGGGGUCUCUCAGUUGACGAUUAUCAAUUUCAUCACGCUCUAGUCGAACGCGCCCAAGUACCUGUCAAAUCCGGGAACUUGUAUGCGUGCGCAUCGUUAAUACCAUACCUUUCAAUGCAACGUGUGCGAACAGCGAAUCGAUUGGUGACUGUCGCUCUCGGAGCUUGUGUGAAGUCGGCAGCUCGCAGUGUGCUGGUCAACCGUCCAAUAACUUGUUUACUGAAGAGGCACAUCUACACAUCAAGACUGACCAUGUCGUACAAGACUGAAGAGCGAGGAUGUCCUUACACCACGGAUUAUCGCAUGUUCAUCAAGGGCCCUGAUGAUAAUGUGGUUUCUCCAUUCCAUGAUAUACCUCUGUAUCCUGAUCCUGACAAUGAUAAAUCCAUCUGUAACAUGAUUGUGGAGAUUCCUCGCUGGUCCAAUGCCAAAAUGGAGAUCUGCAAAGAAGAUCCAAUGAAUCCUAUUAAACAGGAUGUGAAGAAAGGUAAACCAAGAUUUGUAAAGAAUGUCUUCCCUCACCAUGGUUACAUCUGGAACUAUGGUGCCAUCCCUCAGACUUAUGAAGACCCAAACGAUGAGAACCCUGAUACUGGGUGUAAAGGAGAUUCUGACCCUCUGGAUGUUUGCGAGAUUGGAUAUAAGGUGCAUCCAAGGGGAACAGUGAUACAGGUGAAAAUCCUUGGGACGGUUGCUAUGAUUGAUGAAGGUGAAACCGAUUGGAAGAUACUAGCCAUAGAUGUAAAUGAUCCACUGGCUGAGAAAUUAAAUGAUGUUGAUGACAUAGAAAGAGAAAUGCCUGGAUUUUUGAAGGCUACAGUUGAAUGGUUGAGGAUUUACAAGAAGCCUGAUGGGAAGCCUGAUAAUAAUUUUGCUUUUAAUGGUGAAGCAAAAAAUAAGGAAUAUGCCUUGAAGGUGGUAGAGGAUUGUAAUGAACAAUGGAAGAAACUCAUUGCCAAGAUUGUGGAUUGUGGGAGCAUCGAAUGUAUGAACACCACUGUGGGAGGGAGCCCAUAUCAAAUCAGCAGUGAGGAAGCCAAUAAAUGCAAAGAAAAGUAUCCGGAGCUAGGAGAGGCUGAAAAACUAGACCCUGAAUUGAACAAGUGGUACUACGUAUAAUUCCUGUGACCAAUAGACCAAUCAAUUAAUCAACACAAAUUAAGUGCUCAUAGCAACAUUGACUAACAUAUCUUUUAUAAUAUACGCCGAAGUGCGCUAUCUCUAUGUCAGUGCUGUGCUGAUCUCAUAUGGAUUUUAUAUAGUCCUCUACAAUGUAUCACGUAUACACACUGGGUUCUAGGACCAUGUCACUGCCUCAAGGAUUUACCAGUAUGGAAUGCCAGAAGAAUCACACCUUUUAAAUCAUCUACAUUACAUGGGAACUCAAGUGUUUCCUGUUAUUACUCUAAAUUUGGAGAAUGAUUCAAUAUGAGGUUAUAGCAAUUUCCAUUGAAAUCUUUAGACAGAUUUGUCUCAAUUGAUUAUAGAAGAAGUAACUUCAUCAUUUUUUGCUUUUAUUUGCUAAAUUAUUAUUUUAUGAGUUUGAAGUGAAGUUAUGUCCCUUUGACCAAUAUUUGUAUGCUAUGACAUGCUUAAGUUGCCAAAGAUUUUUUUUGCGAGCAUGCUUACUUGGUAUGUGUUAAAUUUCAAGGUCAUUACAAUUUUUUGUCAUUAUAUGUAAUUAAGAAAUUCCAUAAAAUAUUGAUUGUUAUGAUUAUGUAUAGAAAAUUAUUGUUUACUGGUAUUAUGUGCUUUUUCAUAAAAAAACAUUACAUAUGUUAUUGUAUAACUGUCAACAGUUUAUCAAAGCAAUCCUAUUAAAGAACAAUGCAGAUUUGCAUAGGUUUCUGUGGUAUUAAUUGUCCUAGUGACCACCAAAGGUUAUGCUGUAUUCAUAGCCAGAAAUCAGCAUUUUACCAUUCCAUAGCCUGGAAUUGUCAAUAAAUGUACUUUUCACA